UUCUCAGAAAAUGUUUGUCAUAUUUGGUUUUCUGUUAACGAUUGGAGUGGGCUGCUGUAUGAAGGAUCAGAACUUUGAGAUAAAGUAUGUUGAUAUUAAACAAAAUGUGACUUUUACAUGUCCUCGUGAGUCUGAGGGCAAAGCAUUGCUUUGGAUCAGAAUCAUUUCUGGUCACAAGCCUGAAUUCUUGGGAGGAACACUAAUUUUUGAUUCAAGUGAAGUUAAUCAGACUCCUCAUUUUACAACAAAACAAGGACCUGGAACUUUUAUUCUGAACAUUAAUCAAACUCAGAUCAACGACACUGGACUUUACUAUUGCAUCCAUACCAUCAACUGGACGAACAUGACUUUUUUGAAAGGAAUAUUUCUCAAGAUUAAAGGACCCAAAUCUUUCGUCUCUGGCAUCAUUCAAGCUCCUCCGUCUGCUGCGGUCCAUCCAGGAGAGUCGGUGUCUCUGCAGUGUUCGGUCCUCUCUGACUCUGAGAAGAAAACAUGUUCAGAAGAUUACAGAGUUCACUGGUUCAGAGCAGGAUCCCAUCAAUCUCACCCCAGUUUCCUUUAUACUCAUGGAGCCAAUGCAGAGUGUGGAAACUCUUCCCAGAAAUGUUUCUAUAACUUCUCUAAGAAGGUCAGUGUCUCUGAUGCUGGUACUUAUUACUGUGCUGUGGCUGCAUGUGGAGAGGUCAUGUUUGGAAAUGGAGCAAAAGUAGACAUUAUAGAGCACAACACCAGAACUCUGAUCAAUACAGUUAUCGCUCUUUGUAUUGUCUGUGCUGCUUUGGCGGCAAGUUUGACUGUUUCACUGUACCUCAUUUGGACCAAUAAGAAGAAGGAUUCUCACAGUGAUGCUGAACGAGUAAGCAGUGAUCAGCAGAGUGAUGAAGCUUCAUUGACCUAUUCGGCACCAACCUUCAGCAGGAGAAAAGAUAAAACCGAAAGAGGAAACACACACUCGGCUCAGAAAGAGACGAUCUACACUGACGUGCGUUUUCACUACUGAAAAAAGUGCACUCUCAACCUGCUCAGUCAUGUGGAUGAGAUAUAUAUUCAAAAGAGCUGAUUGAAGAUAUUGCGAUAAAGUUACAAGUAAGACUCAAGUUCAAGUUAAAUUUACACAAUGUAAAAUACUUUUACAAGUGAUUCAUAUAAAUUUCUAUUCAAAUCAUCAAUGUUCACAAAUAACUGCAUACGACUUGAAUUUAUGUCUGAAAUUAUAAUGAAAUAAUGAUAUUAAACUUUAUUGAAUUGUAUUUUUGCUCGAUUGUGAUUAUCAUGCUGAUUUUGAGGUAAUUUCUCCAUAAAACUGAAUCCACUGUCAAGUUUUAACAUUCACCCAUAUUUUGUUUUCAUUGAUUGCUUUUUCUUGACAUUUGUGACGGUUUGUUUUGUUAAAAUGACAGUUUUAUUUAAACUAGUCAUGUUUGUUGUGA